AAAAAAAAAAAACUCGAAUUUUAAUCGGUUAUCGUUCAAAAAAAAAAAAACUGAAAUAUCAACAUUAAAUCUUACGGUGUGUGAAGCAAGCAAACUCUAACUGAACAAUAUAUAUGUACAAUAUACGAUUAUACGAAUCGAAUAAUCGAUUAUCAUAAUCAUCAUACACAUACAUCAUAGAGACGAACCAAAAAUGAAAUUCGUGAUUUUGCUAUGCGUGCUGAGUGCGCUCCUGCUGCAGAUUGAGGCCUCCCCGCUGCAGUUGCUCUCGAGGAGCGAACGCGCCGUCGCCCGACAGCAGGCGGUCAACAACGAUGUGGCACCGGCGGCGGCAGCAUCCAGCGAUGAUGAUGAUGACGACGAUGAGGAUGAUGACGAUGAUGAGCCGGAUCUGGGCGAUUUGGUUGAUGAUGAUGAUGAUGAUGACGACGAUGAGGACGAUGACGAUGAGGAGGAGGAUGACACGCCCCAGGGCCAAGCAGCGCCAGCGGCCACAGCCAGCGACGAUGAUGACGAAGAGGAUGACGAUGAUGAUGAUUAUCUGGACAGACUUUUCGAUGAUAUUCUAGGCGACGACGAUGACGAGGACGAUGAUGAUGAUGAGAGACCCGCUGCCAGUCCACAGCAGAGUCCUGCUGCUGUCGCUGCUGCCCCAGUUCAGGCCCUCGAGGAGGUGGCACCUGCCGCAGCCGGCAGCUCGUUGAGUUCCGGCAUCUCCGAUGGCGUCGAUCUGCCCGCGGAGAGUGGCAACGCUGUCGAGCCCAUUGCGGCUGGCAACGCUGUCGAGGAUGCGGCGGCUGCUGUGGCACCAGCACAGGCAGCCAACAACAACAACAACAACAACAACAACAACAACAACGAAGGUGCGCUGACAGGUGACGACGAGGAGGCUGAUGACGAUGAUGAUGACGAUGACGAUGAUGAUAUUAUUGGCGAUGACGUCAUCGAGGCCAGACGCGAAGCACGUGAUCUGAAAAACAACGUCAUCGACAUGUCGACGGAUGCAUUCCAGGCACGUCACAAUCAUUUCAUCGACGCCAUCUUCUCUCGCAUCAAUCGCAUCGUUGCGGACAAUUAUGAUCCGUUUGUGGUGCGUUUGGCGGGCCGUGCGGCUGCCACGCCCACUUAUGGAGCAGGAGGAGCUGUCUCGAAGACCACAACAAAGACCAAGGGAAAUGGCAGUCACAAGACAACAGCGCAUAAGAAACUCAAAAACACUCGCUCGGAGCCGCGUGCUGCCACAAAUGGAGGCUCCAUCGAGUCUGUCAAAUUGCAGGAGCAAUUGACGCAAUUACAGACAGAGCUUGGCCUCAAAGCCAUCGAACAGCGGAAGGUGGAGGCAUCGAAAUCAGAGUCCGAGUCAGAGGCCGUAGCUUCCGAUUCGGGCAAAGCGGAAACUCGCACCGUGUUCAAUGGCGAGCAGCUGCCGGCAGCCGGUAAGGCCAACCAAAAGAAAUCCACAACAGGACAGCAGCAGCAUCAGACUGGCCACAAGCACAACACAAAAAAGGCAGCGUCUGCGGCAUCGUUGAAGGCGGGAAGCGGCAGUUACAAUCAGCCAGCGGCUGUGGCGGGGUCAACAAAGGCGGGUGCAGGAGCGGCUGGAGAAGUGGAGAAGCUGCAAAAGGCCGAGGGCAGUCUGUCCGGACUGGCGUCGUUGAAGCGCGUGGGCAAUGUGAAGGUGAUCAGCGAUGCGGAAGGUCGCAAUUCGACCAUUAAGGCCAAAUUCACACUGGGCCCAUUGACACUGCGCGUGGAAAAGUCCUUUAAGCGCGGCAGUGUGCGCAGCGUGAAAAGUGCCACGGCCAGGACCAAUGAGAUGAUCGGACGCAUCAAGUUUAGUGUGCUGGAUGAUCGGGCCACCUUGAUGUCAAUCAAGGUGCAGCAGCCCAAACAGGUGGAGGUGGAGAGCAAGGACAAUCACGACCGUACACGCGAAUUUGUCUGGCGUCGCACGCCCAAAAUUGCCAAAUUGGUCAAUGAGAAACUCAAAUUGGCUGCCGAGUCGCUCUUUGCGCCGCAGGGCGUUGAAGUUGUCCGACUUUAAAGGAUUACUUUGUUUCCAUUUCCCUUCGCACAGCCAGCUAAAUGUAGUCUACUCUUAAUUAUAAUAUCUAAUUUAUUUAUUUAAUUUAUUUGCUAUCUCUAUCGACAAUAAAUGUAUCUCUGUCGCAAAUUGCAAA